AUGUUUAUGGCCGAGAUUUUAUGUGGUAAGAUGGAAGUGUUGCGCGACUUGAAUAUCCAUGAAGGCGCAGAAGCUUUUGCCUAUCGAAAGACAGUAGUUUCUCUUGGUAAAUACUCUAAUUAAUUAGAGCGGAAUUAUUCAAGAGCAUACAUGGAGAAAAGUUGGACCAGCGACAGCACUAAGCUUAUCCUCGAAAAGACUUCUACUGUAUUUACCAGAUCAACUACAGUUACAGUUUCCAAAUGGACGAGGAUCAGGGCAAACCUUGUCGGAAUGUUCAGGAAGAAAGGCUGUGCGUGUGCGAGAGCUGUCCACGAGUGAAGACGAGUUCAAACUUCAAGGCGACUUUUGUAUUCCGGCAACAUGGCAGAAAAGGCAAUUUCUCCGGAUGAUGGCUCACAACAUGUCAAGAAAGUUACGGGACAAUCAAUGCCUUGAUCCCCCUCUUCGUCCACCACACAACAGCCGCGUCGAUCCGUACCAGAAAAAUGCCAUCACACGUUUUCUCAUGGACGGCGGAUCUGAUCAACCACGGAUCGACUUUGAUCAUCCAAAUAGCCACGUUCAUGACCGGUGA